CAUUUCUCUAAUCUCCAACUUACACCAACAAAACACAACAAAGACCAUUAGCCUUCUCUCCCACUCAGAGUCUUUCAUCUCACUCUCGCCUUAAAUGACUCACAACCAUUCUAAUGAAGAAGGCUCCAUUGGAACCUCCUUGCAUGGAGUUACAGCAAGAGAACAAGUCUUCUCUUUCUCCGUCGAUGCUUCGUCUCAAACAGUCCAAUCAGACGAUCCAACAGCUAAAUUCGCCCUUCCGGUUGAUUCCGAACAUCGAGCCAAAGUGUUCAACCCACUCUCUUUUGCUAAACCUCACAUGAGAGCCUUCCACUUAGGAUGGCUCUCAUUCUUCACAUGCUUCAUCUCCACCUUCGCGGCAGCACCAUUAGUCCCCAUCAUCCGCGACAACCUCGACCUCACUAAAACCGACAUUGGAAACGCCGGAGUCGCAUCCGUCUCUGGUGCCAUUUUCUCAAGGUUAGCCAUGGGAGCGGUUUGUGAUCUCCUCGGUGCACGAUAUGGGACUGCCUUCUCCCUCAUGCUAACCGCCCCAACCGUCUUCUCAAUGUCGUUUGUGGGUGGCCCUAGCGGAUACUUAGGCGUCCGGUUCAUGAUCGGAUUCUGUCUCGCCACGUUUGUAUCAUGCCAGUAUUGGACCAGCGUUAUGUUCAACGGUAAGAUCAUAGGACUAGUGAACGGCUGUGCAGGCGGGUGGGGUGAUAUGGGCGGUGGAGUGACUCAACUCCUAAUGCCGAUGGUCUUCCACGUCAUCAAACUUGCCGGAGCCACUCCGUUCAUGGCCUGGCGGAUAGCUUUCUUCGUUCCCGGAUUUCUUCAAGUUGUUAUGGGCAUUCUCGUCCUCAGUCUCGGCCAAGAUCUCCCUGACGGUAACCUAAGUACCCUUCAGAAGAGUGGUCAAGUCUCUAAAGACAAAUUCUCCAAGGUUUUCUGGUUUGCUGUGAAGAACUACAGAACAUGGAUUUUAUUCGUUCUUUAUGGAUCUUCCAUGGGAAUUGAAUUAACUAUCAACAACGUUAUCUCCGGAUAUUUUUACGACAGGUUUAACCUUAAGCUUCAAACAGCUGGUAUAGUAGCAGCCAGCUUUGGAAUGGCUAACUUCAUCGCCCGUCCCUUCGGUGGUUACGCUUCUGAUGUAGCGGCUCGGGUUUUUGGCAUGAGAGGCCGGUUAUGGACCUUAUGGAUCUUUCAAACCGUAGGAGCUCUUUUCUGUAUCUGGCUAGGUCGAGCUAGUUCACUUCCCAUAGCAAUCCUAGCAAUGAUGCUCUUCUCAAUCGGUACACAAGCAGCUUGCGGAGCCCUCUUCGGAGUUGCACCUUUUGUCUCGCGCCGCUCUCUAGGGCUCAUAUCGGGACUAACCGGCGCAGGAGGAAACUUCGGGUCCGGUUUGACUCAACUGCUUUUCUUCUCAUCAGCGAGGUUUAGUACAGCUGAGGGACUCUCAUUGAUGGGCGUUAUGGCGGUUUUGUGCACACUCCCAGUUGCGUUUAUACAUUUUCCGCAAUGGGGAAGCAUGUUUUUAAGACCGUCGACCGAUGGAGAAAGAUCACAGGAGGAAUAUUAUUACGGUUCUGAGUGGACGGAGAAUGAGAAACAACAAGGAUUGCACGAAGGAAGCAUCAAAUUUGCAGAGAAUAGUAGGUCAGAGAGAGGCCGGAAAGUAGCUUUGGCUAACAUUCCAACGCCGGAGAACGGAACUCCAAGUCAUGUUUGAAGACAAAACUUACAAGAGAUUUUCCUUUUACAUUAAAUCCCUUUUUAAUAGUUUCAUACUCCACUCAUAUAUGUACCGAGUAAGACCUUUUCUGUGAUAGGUAAGGAUCGAUGAGCUUGGUACUUUAGUAUAAAUUAUUGUAAUGUCAUCAGAAUGUUCAACUACUCUUUUUUCUGCACCAAUAAGCUUUAUGUUCAAUCAGAUUUAC